CUUAAGAACUCUUGCGAGUAAGAAGAAAAAUGCUAACUUUACUUCUGGUCAGUUUCCAUGGAAACAUAGAUGAGUUCUCCCAGUGUUGUUAAUAGAGCGACCAUCUGUAGCCGCCUCUAAAUAAAUUAAAAAUGCCGGUAGUCGAAGAAGAUAAACUAUUCUUUCCACGGGCUAUUUCAUCUGUGCGGGCAACAAUAAAGGUGGAACUAUUUUAUACCUGCUCUUUUGACCGACCGUACCAGGAGCUCAUUACUGACCGUACCUCUGCGCCGCAAAUCACAUGUAGUCACAUCUGUGCUGAUUAAAAACCCAAAUUAAAUGGGAGCCUUGCUGUCUAAGCGCGCUUUCCUGUAAAUCGUCAAGAUCUCUCAUUUCCUGAUAAGCUGCAAUUGGAAGGAUUCACGCUGACCUAAUUGUUUCUCACACUUUUAAUUGGCCAAUUGCGCGAAGAUAAUAUUUGUCGUGAUUGCUGCUGUGUUGAGCCGGCCGUGCUUCUAAGCUCCAACAACCCGCGAAAUGCUUUUUUCCGAAUGAACUUUGAACAAUCGGGUAGUAUGGACGCAUCGAGCAGAAUCCUCUUCUUUAUCUUGUGUGCUGCUUCUUUUGCUGAAGUUCUGUGUUUUGUUCACACCACAGCAUCCUCUAUGUGGCCCGCCGACACGUAUGCCCUACCAAUGGCAGACUCGGGAUGCCCCGAGGGUGGUGGAUUUACCUGGUACACGGGACACCGAACCGAAGAACUAGAAAGGGAUCAGAACCGAAACAGGCAUUCUCCGAACAUCCACCUGAAGACAAAAAUCGGAAAACCAGAAAUAAAGCGUUACUUCUGCGUGAAAAACUCGACCGAGGCAGACGAAGGAAAGCCUAAAUGGCCAAACGGAAAGUACUGUAUUUAUAAGAAAGGUGACCUUUGUCCACCAGAUUUCCACAAGGGAUCUGUUCUUUGGGACGACGACAACGGAAACAACGGUUCCAACCGCAAUAGCAAAGGUGGGGAACUUCCCGCUGGACUUUACAACAAGGAUACCAUGAUAUAUUUCUGUUGCAUGACGACGGGAUCUGUCGAGAAACGGGUUUCGCUUCCAGUCAAUAAGCCAUUUUAUCUACUAGCGUUCGAGUCGACCACUUGUCAAGAGGUCCAGGGAGCCGUGUAUUCACUGGAGCACGUGGUGUUUGAUACAGAGAAUACCAACAAUCAGGACGCAAGAGCUUAUCCUUACCCAUAUGGUGCUAAUCUAAGACAGCCCACGAUUUAUUACUGUUACUAUCGAGAAUGCAAGUGGAACUUUAAUAAGUCAAGUGGCGUAUUUGCCUCGCCAUAUUACCCAGAAAACUACCACAACUUUCAAGAUUGUCAGUGGAACAUCACUGCACCUAAAGGCUACGUAAUACAACUACGAUUCGGAGUCUUCGAGCUGGAAUCCAAUCCUUACUCGUGCGGAAAUAGCCGGUGCAGCUGUGACUAUGUGGAAGUCAAGGAAGAGUCAGUGAAGGCUGACGUCACUACUCUUGGAAGAUAUUGUAUGACGAAAUUGCCGCUGCCAAUCAUUCAGUCAUCUACCAAUAAAAUGAUGGUAACGUUUUAUUCUGAUCACGUGAUAUCGGCAAAAGGUUUCAACGCAUCUUACACAUCAGUUCCAGCUACAGUCAAAGCAUCUCAACAGCUGACGUGGUGGUCCCUGGAACACAAACUUACUUCUACAAAAGGUCCAGCCUUUACUACCGAACCUAUUCAAGCUACACACAGCACAACAAUGGAUAAAAGUAGUAAGAAAAGAAAGAGUUUAUCAUCCAGUGAUCUGUCGAAAACUCCGGAGGGAAAACAAACAGAAAGACGCGAACUUACGUCCGCGAAGCCAACAAACAGCAAGAAGGAAGAGAAGACAGCAGAAAACACUCACAGGGUACAAACAUCCAAAGAUGUGGAGCCACAUUCAAACGUCGUUACUAGCAUCCCAUUGAAGUACAUAAUUGUCGCAAGUGGCUCUUUUGCUGUGCUUGUUUUCGGACUUUUGCUCUUGGUGUACCAUCUUUUCAAGAGAAGACAUCGUCUCCGUACAAAACGUGCUCAAAAGGGUAACAAGAAUAACUCUGUGAGAGAAUCAGGUGAACCCAGUGCUCCAGCAUCUGCAAUCGUCAGUGAAAUGGAACGACUAUUCUCCGCAGACAAGCAAAGCGAUAAUCCCAUCUACGACAACAGACUUGUUGGAACGAAUUCGAAAGACCAGUUUUCUGAAAACCCUCUGUAUGAAAGGCCGUAAUGAAGGAAUGGAGAGAACACGCUUAAGGCAAACGAAAGACCAUCCGACCUAAUGAGCCAAUAACAGAAAAGACAACAGGAUCAUGGCCGAGAAAGCCAAGACGACUUUGGUCAACCAAUCGCCUUACCAUUUAAGACUUUAGGAUUUCGAGCUAACUAGAAAGUUUCUUCCCAAACAAGCUAAGGAAUGCUAACCUGUAACAACCUACAUUUCGCAAUAAUGUUUACUUAAACGUCAUGUUACAGGUAGAUCUUUCGUCGUAAGGGCUUUGCGCUCUCAGAUCCAAAGGUCAUUUCAUGUACUUUCAUUUUCUACAUCAUUUUGACUUAGAGUUAGGGUUAGUCCAUUUGCCAUUUCUUAACCUGACCGUCGUCAUUUUGACGGACAGAAAAAAAGAAUGGGUCAGAAA